AUGCAGCACUACGGGGUCAACGGUUAUUCCCUGCACGCCAUGAACUCCCUGAGUGCCAUGUAUAACCUUCACCAACAGGCGGCGCAGCAGGCCCAGCACGCCCCCGACUACCGGCCCUCGGUGCACGCCCUCACCCUGGCUGAAAGACUGGCUGACAUCAUCCUGGAAGCCCGUUACGGCUCCCAGCACCGAAAGCAGCGGCGCAGCAGGACGGCCUUCACCGCCCAGCAGCUGGAAGCUCUGGAGAAGACCUUCCAGAAGACGCAUUACCCGGAUGUGGUCAUGCGGGAGCGUCUGGCCAUGUGCACCAACCUGCCCGAGGCCCGUGUGCAGGUGUGGUUCAAAAACCGGCGGGCCAAGUUCCGCAAGAAGCAGCGCAGCCUGCAGAAGGAGCAGCUCCAGAAGCAGAAGGAGGCUUCGGUCGCUGCCGAGGACUCAAAAACUGAGCUCACCCCGUCCACUGACACCCGCGCUACCCCGCCUCCUCCCUCCUCCGUCUCGUCCUGCCACUCCGAGUCCGAAAGACCGGCGGCGGUGAGGUCUCAUGAACCUGGCGAGACAAGCGUAGAGGUGAAUGUCACCUCUCCUGAGCCGUCGGAUGGCGAGUCAGCGGCAGAGGACAACGCGGACGCGGAUGAGGAUGGAGGGAGGGGGAGGAAAAGGGAGGAGGUGCAGGCACAUGGGGGUACGCAGCCCUGUGGCAGCUCACCGGCCUACAAACAACUCAGCCCUACAUCAGACUCCCCAUUGAGCUCACCUGCCCUGCCAUCCUCCAGCAGUGUGACAAGCGGUCCGUCCCAAAGCAACUCGUACGCGUCGUCACCCCUCAGCCUUUUCCGGCUUCAAGAGCAGUUCCGGCAGCACAUGGCGGCCACCAACAAUCUGGUGCACUACCCGUCGUUUGACAUGAGCGCGCCGUCCUCCCUGCCCUACUUGGGCAUGAACGUCAACAUACCGUCCCCUCUGGGCUCGCUGCCCUGCCAGUCUUACUACCAGACGCUGUCACAGGCCCAGCAGGUGUGGAACAGCCCGUUGCUCCCGGGGGCUUCGGGCGGCCUUCCGGGAAGCCUAAACAGCAAGACCACCAGCAUCGAGAACCUCCGGCUGAGAGCCAAGCAGCACGCGGCCUCGCUGGGAUUGGACACGCUCCCCAACUGA